AUAAGGAAACGACCUUUGUGUUGUGUGCAAAAUGUCCUCCUUACUUGUCCGCUGUUUCCUUCGUCGUUCUCUCUUGAUAUCGACGUUAUCAUUGGUGUUCCUGAAGUUGCCCACUGGACAGUGUUGGCGAGUCGUGAAUGGUGCUGUUGGGGAAUCAGCUGUUCUGUCAGGGACAAAUGACUCGAUCCGGGUAACAAAUCUGCAGUGGGUGAAGAGUGACAUUAUUAUCAUGCAAAGGUUUAACGGAAGUAUAACUAUUUAUAACCAAGCCUAUGAAGGGAGACUCACCCUGAGUGAGAAACACGGAUCUCUAACCAUCAACCCUCUGAUAAAAAAUGACAGCGGAGAAUAUACCUUUGAAUCCCUCCCACCACUAUCGCCACAGGAGAAACAUGUGAUAAAACUUAAUGUUUAUGACAGAAUCGUGUCCGUGGAGAUGAACUCGCGGGUGAGCUACAGCCCAGACAACAGCACCUGUACCGUGACUCUGAGCUGCACGGUGAAAGGCAGCGUGGUGGAGCUCUCCUGGGCUAAGGACCGUAAGAAGAUCCCUGAUACGGAGGGGAAGGAGACCCUGGUGGUGACUCCCACGGCUGGAGAGGAGCUCUAUUCCUGCACGGCCUCCAACCCUGUCAGCUCCCAGACCGCGAGUCUGAGGGUCUCCUCCUGUCAGACACACG